CUUUAAGGAACGACUAACUUGUGAUGGCUGGCAUAUGCCUAGUGCCAAUUCUCUUUAUAGAUGGCUUAGCCUGUCCACACCCUGCGCUGGCGUCCGUCUAACGGCCAUAAAGAUAAACCACCUAAGUCAUUUCAGAAAGCUCCAAAAAUGUUUACGAUGUGAUAGAACUAAAUUCGACACCUCCAAAAAAAGAGUACAAAAUCUGAUUUAUGCCAACAUGCCACAUCAUUCGCAGAAUAACUACAGAACGAUAAAGAUGUACAAAUCCAUAGCUAUCGCCGCGUUCCUUCUUCUGACCUUGCAAAUCGGUUGGAUUCAGGCCUCCUGCGAUGUGUGCCAGUCAAAUGGAGCUGCUUGCAUCAACCAGACCGCCUAUCAUUUGUGUUUCGGAGGCACCCAGCCCGACACCAAUCAGACCUUCGUCUGCACAGAUGGAUUGGUGUGCACGGAUCAGCCAGUGAUAUGUUUCCAACGCAGCGAGACUCCGGCCAGCUGCGGCGACACCGAUAGCUGUGGACAAUGUGCUCCAAACUAUACAUUUGCCUGCACCUCGCGCACAACUUUCGCCUUCUGCUUUGGGGCUCUAACGCCAACCAAUGUCACCGGAACCUGUCCCACCGGAUACUUUUGUGACGCCUCCACACAGGAAAUUUGUGUCACAAAAACCACAGAUGAUUCGAUAGUAUGCCAUUUGGGUUAA